AUGCUCGCCACUCAGACCAACACUACAGCUUCGACCAGCCGGCUUGCGGGUCAGGUGGCGAUUGUGACCGGAAGCUCGCGCGGCCUGGGCGCGGCCAUUGCCAAGCAGCUGGCGGCCGAGGGCGCCAUCGUGGCCGUCAACUAUGUCAAUGGAGCGGAGGCGGCCAAGGCCGUCGUGGACGAGAUCGAGCGGGGCGGCGGGCGCGCCCACGCCUUCCAGGCCGAUGUGGCCGUGCGGGCGCAGGUGUUCGACCUGGUCGACCAGGUGGUCAAGCGCUGGGGCCGCCUCGACGUGCUGGUCAACAACUCGGGCGUGUUCACGGUCUCGCCGCUGGCCGACGUGACCGAGGACGACGUCGACAGCCUCCUGGCGGUCAACUACAAGGGCACCCUGUGGGGCAUCCAGGCCGCCUCCACAGUUCUCACCUCCGGCGGCGCCAUCAUCAACCUCUCCAGCAUCGGUGCUCGUCUUGCUGCGCCGGCGGCGGUCGAGGUAUUGACGAAGACGGCGGCCAAGGAGCUGGGUCCGCGGGGCAUCCGCGUCAACUCGGUCGCGCCGGGCGUGAUCGAAACGGACAUGGCCGACACUCUUCCGGCCGAGUUCAAGGCCACCGCCAAGGCCCAGACCCCUCUCGAGCACCGCUUCGGCACGGCCGAGGAGGUGGCUCACACCGUGGCCUUCCUGGCCAGCCCGCAGGCCAGCUGGGUGACGGCCCAGAACAUCGAACUCGCCGGCGGCUUUUAG